GUGUUUGAAGCCUUUCAAACAUUUGUGGAAAAUCGACUUCCGUUUGAUGUUGUUAUUGAUGGACUCAAUGUUUCCCACAUAAAACCCAGAAAGAUGCACUGUGAAAAUCUAUUUGAUGCUAUCAACUGCCUGGCAAAAGGAAAUGCCCGGUUGCUUGUGCUGGGCCGCAAACAUAUGCUGAUUAACUCUUCAAACUGGAAAAGAGAGAUUAUGAAGGAGAUGCAGAAUAAGGCACACUUCUUCUUUGCCGAAAAUAUCUCUGAAGAUGAUCCUUUCUUGUUAUAUGCUACUCUUCGAUCAGGCAAGCAUUGCAAGUUUGUUACUAGAGACUUCCUGCGGGAUCACAAGGCUUGUCUUUCCGACAGUCAGACACGUCAUCUGUUCCGUAAGUGGCAGCGUGGACACCAAAUAGCGUUUUCUGUAGAAGGAAAGCAUAUAAAUUUUUUGCCUGCUUUCCGUUAUGAUUGUGUGGUACAGACUACAGGUGAUACGUGGCAUAUCCCCUAUAAAGACACUUUUGAGGAAAAAUAUUCAUAUGAAGCACCAAGAAAAUGGCUCUGCAUUCAACAGAAAUUAAGAAGAAU